AUGCCCAGAGUCGUCCAGGUGGGGAGGGCGUGCAGUUCAGUGUUGAGGCGCCGCCACACAUUGUGCGGCCGUCCACAGGACUUGCCGGUCUUCCUGACUGUACACGCCGCCAGCCUCUUGCAGACGUGGUUCCGCUGUUGGGUGAUGUGUAUGGCACUAUAUUUUGGCGUGGGCGCCGCCUGGACAUACUAUGCCUACUUUGCCUUUGGCGACAAGCUAUUCAAGCUCGGCGAGAUCCCAACCCGCCUGGACAUCUGGGAGCAGAUAAAGGUGUCCUUCCGGGGCAUGCCGCUGUAUGCGAUGCUGCCCACCAUCACAGAGUACUGCGUGGAGCAGGGCUGGACACUGGCCUAUGCCAGGGUGGCCGAUGUCGGCCUGGCCCGUUACCUGCUGUAUUUUGUGCUCUACAUGAUGUCUGUUGAGUUCUUUGUCUACUGGCAGCACCGCAUCCUGCACAUGGGCGUCGGCUACAGCUGGCUUCACGUCAUCCACCACAAGUACAACAAGGGGGAUCAGAUGAGCCCCUUUGCAGGGCUGGCCUUCCACCCGCUGGAUGGCAUCAUGCAGGCGCUGCCUUAUGCCUGGACACUCUUCUAUGUGCCCAUGCAUUUCCUGACUCAUGAGAUGCUGCUCUUCUUUACAUCCAUCUGGACCACAAACAUCCACGACAACCUGCAUGCCAAGAUUGCGCCAGUCAUGGGGGCCGGGUACCACACCAUCCACCACGUGCUAUAUAACUACAACUAUGGCCACUACUUCACCUUUGUGGAUCGUUUGUUUGGCACUCUCAUUACGCCAGAGGAGCUGGAGGCGAGGCGGAGUGCUGAAAGAGCGGCAGCUGAUGCCAAGGCGCAGUGAUGGCGCAGAGAUGCAGGCUUGCCAGCCAGCCAACUGGUGUUUCUUUUGUUGCUGUUCUAGCAGUAGUGAGGAUCCCAAGCUGGCUGAGCUGGUACCUGUAGUCGUCAUGAUGGAACGCAUGGCGAGCAAUGCAAACCGUGAUUUGUCUCGAUUCUUUACACGCCGCACACAUUCAUUGCAUAUUCUCAGCCCAGGUCAUUUGCACGCAGGGGGCUAGCUGCUGCUGCUGCUGUAGUACCCAAUGUC